AUGGCUUCAACAGUAAUCGUUGGAGGUGGAAUAAUCGGCAUUGCGACAGCCUACUAUCUAUCCGAGCAUCAACCAGGGUCAACGAUCCACCUAGUCGACUCAUCCGCUCAACUGUUCACGUCGGCGUCAGGAUACGCGGGUGGCUUUCUCGCUAGGGACUGGUUUCAUGAAGAUCUUGCGUCUCUGGGAGCACUUAGUUUCGACGAACAUGAACGGCUGGCUGAGCAGUACGAUGGGCGCGAGAAAUGGCUGUAUGCAAAGUCUCUCACUGUGAAUUAUGAGCUACCGAGAAGGAAACCCAAAAGCUUCGCAGGAAAGGACUGGCUAAGUGAAGGUGGAAGUCGUGUGGAUUUAGUAGAUGAGAGGGGAGAAGUGAAGGAUAGGAAUAGUCCACCUUGGCUCAAACGUGUGAAGGGUGAUGCUCUUAGUCUGGUUGACAAUGGUGAAGGCACAGCUGUCCUCGAUCCCUUGAAACUCUGCCAAUUUCUUCUUCAAAAGUGUCGGGAAGCAGGUGUCAGGAUACAUACACCUGCUAUCGUCCGACACGUAGGCGCUGACUGCCAUGACGAGUUGUCGAUACUAGUAUGCGCCGGGGCAUGGACACCGAGUGUGUUGGAGUCCAUGUUUCCGGGGUCACAUAUCAACAUACCAGUCAUGAGCCUUGCGGGCCAUUCACUCGUGGUUAAGAACCCAGCAGAUAUAGGCGAUACGUUCCAUUCGGUAUACACCAGUACAGAUACAUUCUCCCCCGAGAUUUACGCUCGUCCAAACGGCGACAUAUGGCUCGGCGGCUUGAACACAUCAACACGACUACCGCCGUUGGCAACAGGUGCAAAACCCAUAGAUUCACAACUCGAAAAGUUGAAGGACCUGGCGAAGCAAAUAAUUGACACUCAAGGUGAGGAAUUGGAGAUAAUACGCACGGGGUUGUGCUUUCGACCUGUGUCGGAAAGAGGGACGCCGUAUAUCACGCGGAUAGAGGAUGUAGAUCUACGGCAAGGUUAUACCACGCGGAAAGGAAGUAUUGGCGGUGUUUAUGUUGCAACGGGGCAUGGGCCGUGGGGGAUAAGUUUGUCAUUGGGUACGGGGAAAGUUAUGGCUGAGAUGAUGCAGGGGAGAGAGUUGAGUGCUGAUAUAAGGUAUCAAUGCUGA